GCUUUCCUCUCUCACAAACACACACACCCUGUUUUCCUCUCUCUCUCUCACACACACACACCGUUCCUCCAGACACACACACACACAUAUCCCAACUCCCAGCCUCACGGUUGCCUGUUCCACAUGCACACCCCUGACUCAUAGUCUCCACAGCAGCAGGCACUGCAGGAAGGCAGGCAGCAGGAAACACCAUCUGCACGGCUGAGGGGAACCACAGACAAGACACACAGACAGACAGACAGACAGAGAAGACACACAGACAGACAGACAUUUUUGUUGUGCAGCUUGCGGUUCCUCUGGACAGGAGCGGAGCACCAUGGGACCCGUCUGCCGGCUCCUCUUCCUAUACCUCUUGACCAACGCAGCUGUGGGUCCGUCAUGGGCUCAGUACCACUUUCAAAACCUCAUGAACUACUUGGAGAACAGAAUGCUGGCCAUGGAGGAGCGCAUAGCGCUGUGGCACGAGCAGUCCAACCGCUACAACUCGGAGCUGAAGGACUUCCGGCAGCAGGCCUCUGAGAUCAUGGACCGCCUGGCCAAGGACAACCAGAAGCUGAAGGUGGAGCUGGAGGAGGCUGGGGUGCAUGUGCAGCGCGUGGAGCAGGAGAUGGACUACAUCGAGACCCAGAACCCCCCCAGGCCCUGCACCAAGGCGGAGGACAAGCUGGUGGAGCAAGAGGCCACCCCCAAGGACGGCAAGACACCGUUCGAUCUGGACUCACUGACAGGCUGCAUAGACAUUGUAUCCAGCAUACGAGCGAUGAAGAUCCUGAAGCGAAUGGGCCAUCCGAAGGGAGUGUGGACGAGAGACACCGUCUCGGCCAAGGUGUACCUCUUCAGCGGCACCGAAGGCAACGCAGUGCACGAGUACAAGCGGGUGAACGACCUCUCGUCCGCCACCUCCAGCGCCCGCAUCUUCACCCUCCCCACUUCCUGGAACGGCACCGGCAUCGCCGUGCACAACGGCCACAUCUACUACGUCAACGACGGCGACGGCACGGAGGACGGCAUGCGCAUCCUGAAGUUCAACGCGCUCAACGGCAGCCUGGCGGACAGCGUCAUGUUCCCGCUGGACGACCGGAACCCAGUGUACACGCUGAACCCCGAGACCGUGGUGGACCUGGUGGCGGACGACGAGGGGCUGUGGGCCAUCUACGGGUCCAGGGACAACAUCAACCUGGCCAGGAUGGACACGGACUCCCUGGACACGGAGCAGAUGUGGGACACCGGGUGUCCGCGGGAGAACGCCGAGUCGGCCUUCGUGGUGUGCGGCACGCUGUAUGUGGUCUACAACACGCGGCCGCCUAGCCGCUCCAGGAUACAGUGCGUCUACGACGUCAACGACAUGGUGAGCAGCGGCGAGGCUCCGCUCCUGUACUUCCCCCGACGCUACGGCGCGCACGCCAGCCUCAAGUACAACACCAAGGAGAAACAGCUGUACGCCUGGGACGACGGCUACCAGAUCCUGUACAAGCUGGCCCUCAAGCCCAAGCUUUGGACUAAAGAGUGGGAAGAACACUAAAGUGCAGGGUUGCCAGAUGAGGCUGAUGAUUUCCAGCCCCCAAAAAAUGCCCAAAACCCGCCUGGAAGCACCAAAUCCCGCCCAAUUCUAUUGAUUUCUAUGGCCAAAAAUUAAUUGGACACUUUUUUCUGCUAAAAUGCCAUUUUUACCCGCAGACAGCCAUCCUAAGCAGCCCAAUUGAAUCUGGCAACACUUCUAAAGUGUUCCCUGUUUGCUUUGGACGUCAGUGAUUAUGAAGAUCAUGUGAAGUGCUCUUUUCCAAAACGCUAUAUCCACCGUUUUUGACUUUUUGCAUUUUAAUAUUGGAAUUGACUGUUAAGAGGUCCUAUCGUCUAUGUGUGAAUUCUUGCCAUUCAAAUGUUUUGAGAACAUACUUUAAAACCUCAAUAAAAAUGCAUUUUGCAAUGCAUUUCAAUGGAAUGCCCAAUACAAAAAUGUCAAUUUCCCAACAUUCUAUAAAAUGGAUCGCAUUUUGGAAAAGAGCUCUUCAUGUGUUUCUGAUGUACUUUAGGCCGUCUUUGUGUUUCCUUGUCAGUGGCAAAAAAAUAGCCUUUCAAAGUAGCAGAAUGUGUGAUUUGUAUUUGUGUGAUUACAAUGGUUCUCUUUCUGGUAUCAACUAUGUGCAUCAGUUAGACCAAACAAUUGUCAGUCUUUUCUAUUCCUUAAUCUGAAAUUAGUUGGCAUGCUGAGCAUGCACUGCUUUUAGAAUAUGAAGUCAAUAAAAAAAGAUUUUAUAAUCUAGAAUUUUCAGCCUACUAUAAAGUAUGUUCAUGUACUUGCAAUCAAUACUUUGUCGGGCCUGUUUUUUGUAUAUCAUGUUAUUCUAGAAUAAAUGAACAUUUUGGCAAUAUUUUAUUUCAAUGUGUGUGUGUGUGUGUGUGAGAGAGAGAGAGAGAGAGAGAGAGCGUGUACAAGAGUGUGGUUGCAGAGGGAAAUAGACGGUAGAAAGUAGUGUCUACUGAGUGAGAUAUAAUGAAUGUGCACUUCUAUUAUAGGUUAAACACUUCCCAUGUUUGUCAGUUAGGUACAGAAACGGUACAGAAGCAGGGUAGCGCAUAUGGAAAAAAAUAACAUUUAGGUGGAAUUUACUUUCUUCAAUUUAAAAAUCAGACAUUUUUUCUGUGUUCCACAUUACUUCAAAAGUAAUUCAUGUUUUACUGUGAAGAACUUGCAUAUAUGUAGCAGUAUCUAUAUAUGUAUAAUCAGUUUGGUAACCAAACAUCACACCGGCUGUUGGGGUGCUGAGUCAUAACAACAAAAUAACC